UCUCUGCAGCUUGACAAGGAGCCAGCAGCAGCUGCUUCUAGACCCGCGGACCCCCGUAUAAAGAGGCGGGUGAGGAGCGCUCUCGUCUCAGUCCGCAAGCUUCCCCCCGAGCCUCCUUCACUCCGUCUCGGCUGCCUGCGAGCCCCCUCGAUUCCUUCCCAUCCCAAGGCGAGCAGCGAUCGUAGCGAGCACGAUGUCUGACUUGGAGGGCUGCAUGACGACCCUGAUCGCCGUGUUCCACGCCUACUCGGGCAAGGAGGGCGACAAGUACAAGCUGAACAAGGGCGAACUCAAGGAGCUGCUCACCAACGAGCUCAGCGGAUUCCUCGGGAGCCAGAAGGACGCGGCCGCCGUGGACAAGGUGAUGAAGGACCUCGACUCCAACAAGGACGGCGAGGUCGACUUCCAGGAGUUCAUCAUCCUCGUGGCGGCCCUCACCGUGGCCUGCAGCGACUUCUUCAAGGAGUACCUCGAGAGCUCGGGCAAGAUCUGAUUGGUGGAGCAGAUCGGCCUCCUCCUCCUCCUCCUUACCCACCGCCACCGCUGCCACCUCGUCCACCAGCUCCUCUUCAUCCUCAUCCUUCGUCAACAUCCCGUCGUCUCUUUUGCUGCCACUCCUUCACCUCCUCCACCACCACCUCCAUCACCACCACCACCACCACCACCUUCACCUCCUCCUCCGCCACCUCCAUCGCCACCUUCUCUCUCCUCCUCCUUCACCUCCUCCACCUCCUUAUCUCUCCUCCUCCACCACCUUCUUCUACUUGACUUCCACCUCCACAUCGCCCAACACCACCACCACCACCACCACCACCUCCUCCUCCUCCUCUUUCCAAAAGCUCGUACCCUCUUCUCCCCCGAAUCCUCUUCCUCCAUCACCACCUUCUCACUUCCCUCCUCCUGCUCCACUCAAAAACUCCAUGGCCCUGCACGACAGGGCCCCCUGCACGACAGGGCCCCCUGCACGACAGGGCCCCCUGAGUCACAGGGCCCCCUGCACGACAGGGCCCCCUGAGUGACAGGGCCCCUGAGUGACAGGGCCCCCUGAGUGACAGGGCCCCCUGACUGACAGGGCCCCCUGCGCGACAGGGCCCCCUGCCCCCUGGCCACGGCAAGUCCCCCCCCCCCCCACUCGGGAGUCGCCCUGUGCCACACGGGGCCGGCUGGAGGAGCGAGUGGAGACGCUGAGAGGUCUCGGCCAAUUCCAUGACGGGUGGGCGGCGUGGGUGGGAGUUUGGGUGUCUGAUGUCGCGUCGAUGAUUCGUUUUGUUUUCUUCAUGCCAACUCUGCGAUGCCGCUCCUCCACAGCGCCACCCCCAACUCCACCACGCCCCCCCCCCCGUUGUUCACGCGCCACGACCCCCCCCCCCUUCAGCCCCCCACCGCGUCUGUUGUCGAGGAGCUCCGCAAUAAAAAAAACUUCGCUCUGUG